UCAGUUGAAUAUAGCUAAGGAAAGAAUCAGGUUCUUCCUCUCUAGCUUUUACAUUCUUUUGAUAUCAACACAAAACCCUACCAACUCCAUACCCAUCUUCAAGUUCCAUCUCCAUCUCCAACCCCGAACUGUGAAUCCUGAAUCCGCUUUCUCUACUCGAAUUACAUGGAUGCUGAGAAGGAGAAGAAAAUUGUAGGAAGGAAAACUAUAAAAGUAGGGCCUUGGGGAGGACAUGGUGGAACUAGUUGGGAUGAUGGAAGUUUCAAUGGUGUAAGAGAAAUCACAAUUGUUUAUGAUCGAUGUAUUGAUUCGAUAAGAAUUACGUAUGAUAAGAACGGCAAGCCGGUGUUGUCAGAAAAACAUGGUGGUACUGGCGGACACCGAACCUCUAGUAUCAAGCUACGGUACCCGGAGGAGUUCUUGACGUCUGUAAGCGGCUAUUACGGCUCUGUCGUACAUAGCGGCACCCCUGUAAUCCGAUCGUUAACGUUCAAGAGUAACCGGAGGACAUUUGGACCGUUUGGAAUAGAAGAAGGAACACCAUUCUCAUUCCCAAUGGAUGGAGGUCUGAUCGUGGGAUUCAGAGGGAGAAGUGGAUGGCAUUUGGAUUCCAUUGGGUUUUACUUGUCUCGUGCCCAUACAACGACGUUUUUGGAUAAAAUACAUGCGCAGUUCAAGAAAUUACUUAGGCCGAAGAAUGGAGAAGAAACUCAUAGCCCGAAGAAUGGAGAAAAAACGCAUACGCCCAAGCAGAAGCCUGGUAAAGAUUAUACAUAUUAAAUCUUCCUCCACAAUAAAGGGCAUGACAUAUAUGCACGAGAGGAAGCCUGAUUAAGCUACCUAUAUAUUAAGGUGUUGUUGCGUCACAAUUUGCAUUAGUAUUGAAUCUAUUUAUAAGAAAAGAUAAAUUUGCUUUGGUAAUAUUGAUGGGUUUUUGUUUUUCCAUAAAUUUCAAUGUAGGUAAGCUGUCUAAGAUCUUAUUGUAAUGUUUUCCAGCAGUUUUAUAAAAUCUGCUUGAUAUAAG